GGGAGCUAAGAUGGCGGCCGCCGACGGAGAUGAUUCCCUUUAUCCUAUCGCUGUGUUGAUCGAUGAGCUGCGGAACGAGGACGUUCAGCUUCGUCUGAAUAGCAUCAAGAAACUCUCUACCAUUGCACUGGCCCUGGGUGUUGAGAGGACGCGCAGCGAGCUCUUGCCUUUUCUCACAGAUACUAUUUAUGAUGAGGAUGAGGUCUUACUUGCUCUGGCAGAACAGCUGGGAACUUUUACAGCUUUGGUCGGGGGGCCUGAAUAUGUCCACUGCUUGCUGCCCCCGCUCGAAAGCCUUGCUACAGUGGAAGAGACGGUGGUGCGGGACAAGGCCGUGGAGUCCUUGAGGGCAACCUCCAAUGAACAUUCUCCAGCUGACCUUGAGGCUCACUUCGUGCCCCUGGUGAAGCGUCUGGCGGGAGGCGACUGGUUCACCUCUCGCACUUCUGCUUGCGGCCUCUUCAGCGUCUGUUAUCCCCGAGUUUCCAGCUCAGUGAAAGCUGACCUCCGCCAAUAUUUCCGAAAUUUGUGUUCGGACGAUACGCCAAUGGUGAGGCGAGCCGCAGCCUCCAAACUGGGAGAAUUUGCCAAGGUCUUGGAACUGGAAUAUGUCAAAAGCGAGAUCAUCCCCAUGUUUUCGAACCUGGCGUCUGACGAGCAGGACUCUGUGCGCUUGUUGGCUGUGGAGGCCUGUGUUAAUAUUGCGCAGCUCCUGCUUCAGGAGGACUUGGAGUCCUUGGUGAUGCCGACGUUACGACAAGCCGCCGAGGACAAAUCUUGGCGAGUCCGUUACAUGGUGGCUGAGAAAUUCACAGAGCUCCAGAAAGCUGUUGGGCCAGAAAUCACAAAAACCGACUUGGUCCCAGCCUUCCAGAAUCUCAUGAAAGACUGUGAAGCUGAAGUGCGAGCUGCAGCCUCCAGCAAAGUCAAAGAAUUCUGUGAAAAUUUGUCUCCUGAUUGUCGUGAAAAUAUCAUCAUGACUCAGAUUUUGCCCUGUAUCAAGGAACUAGUAUCAGAUGCCAAUCAACACGUGAAAUCAGCUUUGGCAUCCGUGAUCAUGGGAUUGUCUCCUAUUCUGGGCAAGGACAACACAAUUGAGCAUCUUUUGCCUCUCUUCCUGGCUCAGCUCAAAGACGAGUGCCCUGAGGUCCGACUCAACAUCAUCUCCAACCUGGACUGUGUGAAUGAAGUGAUUGGCAUCCGACAGUUGUCUCAGUCUCUGCUGCCAGCAAUUGUGGAGUUAGCAGAGGAUGCCAAGUGGCGUGUGCGGUUAGCUAUUAUUGAGUAUAUGCCCCUGUUAGCUGGACAGCUGGGUGUGGAAUUCUUUGAUGAGAAGCUAAACUCCCUUUGCAUGGCCUGGCUAGUGGAUCAUGUUUAUGCCAUCCGAGAAGCAGCCACCAGCAACCUUAAGAAGCUUGUGGAGAAGUUUGGCAAGGACUGGGCUCAUGCCACCAUCAUCCCCAAGGUGCUGGCCAUGUCGAAUGACCCCAACUAUUUGCACCGCAUGACUACGCUGUUCUGCAUCAACGUGCUGUCAGAGGUCUGUGGCCAGGAAAUCACCACCAAGCACAUGCUUCCCACGGUAUUGCGGAUGGCCGGUGACGCAGUAGCAAAUGUUCGCUUCAAUGUUGCCAAGUCACUUCAAAAAAUUGGACCAAUCUUGGAUAACAGCACCCUUCAGAAUGAGGUGAAGCCGGUGCUAGAGAAACUCACCCAGGACCCUGAUGUGGAUGUCAAAUACUUUGCCCAGGAGGCACUGACUGUGUUGACGUUAGCUUGAAUCCAGGACCUGGCUCUGUUGUCUCUCCAACUUGGAUGCUGUUGGGCCAACUAUCUUUCUCCCUUUUCCCUGCAUGUGUAUGACCAGCCCACCCAUCUCCUAUUGGAUGUACAUGAUGGAAUAGGCCAUGGCUGACUAUUGUCCUCUCGGGAGUCCCACCUGCCUCUUCUCCUCUUAGCUCCGUGUUGUCAGACCUUCUUGGGCAGCUGUGACAUUCUCUCCCCUUCUCAUAAUGGUCAGGUUCAACUUACCCUUUUGUUCCCACCCUCUGGGGGCCACAGGUGACCCACCCACCCACCCCCAGAGCAGGGGAAUGGGAGGCAGAAUCGAUUCGUGGAAGCCUCCUGUCCCUUUUUGGGCCACAGUUUGCAUGGGAAUGCCAUCGCCGUGCAGCCCGUAACUGUGCAUGAGAUACCCAGUUGAGCGUUCUCUCCAAUCCACGCUCGGCCCGAUUGGUCCCUUUUCCAUCCCGAUGAUUAAAGCCGCCAUCUUUUCCCUCCUCCUCGCCGUUGAAAGUAUCAGUCAAUGAAACGCGUUCCUUCACUCAAAAUCCAACGCCUCGGUUGUUUUGCUCCAGAGAAGGUAGAAGGGUAGUUAAAUCCUUGAUUUAGACCUCUCGGUUUAUUAGGCUUCCUAGUACAGUGUUUCCCAGUUCCUCUGCAUGAUUCUAUUUCUGUGCCCUUUCUGUUUCCUUUCCCUGGCCUUUGCUGGAAGGAGGUAGCUAUUUGGUGUACGUGUGUGUGUGUGUGUGUGUGUGUGUCUGUGUGUGAGAGAGAGAGAGAGAGCAAGCAAGCAAGCUGUGGAACAGUUGACAUAGGC